AUGGCGUUCGAGUGUGAAGGAGGGGUCUAUACGGUGACUGUUGUCGAUGAUACGGGCGAUGGCCCAGAGAAGGCAAAGUCGUGGAGACGUGAAGGAGGAGAGAAGAGAAGAGAAAAAGAGCGUGUUGAGAAGACCCCAGAAGUUCGAAUUACCACAGGAGGUGCAAGUCAGCUGGGUUAA